AAAAGGAGUUGAUAAAAAAUUGUAUAAAUACAGAAAUCACCAACUUAUUUCCCUCUCAACUCAAACCGUAUCCCUCUGUGACCACUCUGAUACUGAAUAACCGAGCAAUUGACCUCUCCGGUAAUCACAUCAGACGGCUCUCAUGAGGUCAUCGCUAAAACCAUCGAAUGCGAUUAUGACCGGUGGUUCAGAUGUGGCUGAACCAGCUAGCUUGUCCUGUGCUAGUUGCGGCAAACCUGCCCAGCUUCAGUGUCCCAAAUGUGUGCAAUUGAAGCUUCCUCGUGAAACGGCUGCUUUCUGUACUCAGGAUUGUUUUAAGGCUUCUUGGAGCUCUCAUAAGUCAGUGCAUCUAAAGGCCAAGCCGUCCGAACCUGGGACAGGUACUCCAGAUAAUGAAGGUUGGCUAUAUUGCUUGAAGAAAGGACAGGCUCGAACACCAAAGCUUCCCUAUUUUGAUUGGACUGGGACACUGAGGCCGUAUCCUAUAUCUAGUAAGCGUAUAGUACCUGCUCAUAUUGAUCUACCUGAUUGGGCAGCUGAUGGAACUCCAAAAGUUGAGCCCAAUAGUGAUCUGCAGUAUGUUGUCGAGAUCAAGAAACCGGAACAAAUUGAGAGAAUGCGAGAAACUUGUCUAAUUGCAAGGAAGGUCUUGGAUAAAGCUGCUAGUGUAAUCCGACCUGGUAUCACAACUGAUGAAAUUGAUCGGGUGGUCCAUGAGGCUACUAUUGCUGAGGGUGGAUAUCCAUCUCCUCUCAAUUAUCAUUUCUUCCCCAAGUCUUGCUGCACGUCAGUCAAUGAAGUAAUUUGCCAUGGGAUUCCUGAUGCCAGGAAAUUAGAGGAUGGUGAUAUCGUCAAUGUUGAUGUGACCGUGUAUUAUAAAGGCGUCCAUAGUGAUCUAAAUGAAACAUACUUUGUGGGAAAUGUUGAUGAAGAGUCUCAACGGCUAGUCCAAUCUACUUAUGAGUGCUUGGAGAAAGCAAUAUCUAUUGUAAAACCUGGAAUGCGUUUUCGUGAAGUCGGUGAAGUCAUUAAUCGCAAUGCGACAAUGUCGGGAUUCUCUGUGGCGAAAUCAUAUUGCGGUCAUGGUAUUGGGGAGCUUUUUCAUUGUGCACCAAAUAUUCCCCAUUAUGCAAGAAAUAAAGCUGUUGGUGUGAUGAAAGCUGGACAGACUUUUACAAUUGAACCUAUGAUCAAUGCAGGGGUUUGGCGUGAUCGGAUGUGGCCCGAUGGAUGGACUGAUGUUACAGCAGAUGGCAAGCGCAGUGCUCAAUUUGAGCACACACUUCUGGUGACAGAGACAGGAGUUGAAGUUCUUACAGCUCGGUUGCCUUCUUCACCCAAAGUGUUCCCUUGGUUAAAUGCUUAAUGUCUGGCUGCCUCUAGUCUUAUUGAAAGUAGCAAAGAGACAUAAGGGUGCCAUUCAUGGUAAUCAUACAUAAGUAGUAACAGAAGAAAAUAAAAACUUGUGAUAAAUGUUACUUCUUCCAUUGCCGCUUUUGUCGGGUGAGGAUAUCAUGUUUGUAACUUAUUUUGAGGUUUGGUUAAAGAGUUAUUAUUUGUUUUCCAAAUUGUUAGAAGAGCUAUAUGAAUCAUUAUUAAACUAUCAUCAAUGUAAUAGAAUCGGGUUGUGUACCGACAUGUUCGAUGUUAAAA